CCACAAUAAAAGCGCCAUGUUCACUCAGAAGAAGAGAAGGGAUUCCUACACUUGAGCGCUAAGUCACUCAGCACAAGGCAAGUUUCCUCCACAGUCAUCAUGGUCAAGAAAGUGAACACUAAGGAGGAGUUCGACAGCGUCCUAAGGGAAGCUGGAGACAAGGUGGUGGUGGUGGACUUUACAGCUGCAUGGUGUGGCCCCUGUAGAAAGAUAGCCCCAAAGUUUGAGGAAGCGUCAGAAAAAUACACGGAUAUGAUUUUCAUAAAAGUGGAUGUUGAUGAGUGUUCGGAUGUGGCUACAAAAUACGAAAUCCGCUGCAUGCCUACAUUCAUGUUCUUCAGGAAUGGCAUGAAGAUCGACGAGUUCUCUGGUGCUAACCAAGAUACACUGAAGGAAAAACUCGAACUUUACAAAUGACUGGAAUUGGAUCAAAACCCCAAAAACCUCCUUUUUAAUUCAGUUUUAUAUAGGAAAAGGGUUAGCUUUUCUCUUGAUUAACUCCUGGACUUUCUUGUUAUGUUGUAUACAACAAGGUGGAUUUAAUAAAUGAUGAAUUACA